AUGUCAGGCGUGCAGAUUGUGGCUCUCCUCGGCGGCCUUGCCGGCCUCGGUGCCACCAUCGGUGCCACGGUGUCCAACGAGUGGAGGGCCACCAGCAGGGCAUCUUCAGUCAUCACAGCAACAUGGGUGCUGCAGGGUCUGUGGAACAACUGUGCUGGGAAUGCUAUGAGUAGCAUGGUUACAGAGAUCCUUGCUUUCACUUUGACCACUAUGGGUUGGGUGCUAGAAUCUUGCAUCUUGCCGCUGGAUUACUGGAAGGUGUCAUCCCUCGACGGAACAGUCAUCACCACAACCAUGAUAUGGUCCAACUUAUGGAAGGCCUGUGCCAGUGAUUCAACGGGAGUAUCCAACUGCAAAGACUUCCCCUCAAUGCUGGCGUUGGAUGGGUACAUCCAGGCUUGCAGGGGAUUGAUGAUUGCAGCCAUCUGUCUGGGUUUCUUUGGUGCCAUAUUUGCCCUUGUAGGAAUGAAAUGCACUAAAAUUGGAGGAACUGAUGUAAACAAAGCCAGGAUAGCCUGCUUUGCUGGUGUGAAUUUCAUUCUUAGUGGCCUCUGCUCACUCUCUGCAUGCUCCCUCUAUGCUCACCAGAUAACGACAGAGUUUUUCGACCCCAUGUUUAUCGCACAGAAGUAUGAGCUGGGAGCUGCUCUGUUUAUCGGCUGGGGAGGAUCAAUCCUCUGUAUUCUUGGAGGUGGUUUGUUCUGCUUCUCCAUUGCUGGUUCUUGUACCAAAAGUCAUAGUCAGGCGGGCUAUAUCUACAAGGGUGCUACCUCCCAUUCUCAUAUCUCUUCCUACCCAAGAGGGCAAGCAAAGUCUGUAAACCAGAGGCCUCCUCCAGAGUACAGCAGCUCCUCCAGAAUGCAGCACUUUGAUAAAAAUGUAUAUGUGUGA